ACGACUGUCAACUCUUAACUCCAGACUUGCUGGGUGAGUGUGAUGGGCGUUGGUGUUUCUACAAACUUCUGUUCUAAUCAACAACCAUGGUUCGGUAGCGCACAAGAUAAGACUCGCAACACAAAAUGCGAUGCUUUCUUCACGCAUUUCUCCUCAGCGCAGUGUUUACCUUCUGCUCGUUGUUGUACGUCUUCAGUAAACUCGUCUCUACCUUCGAGGACGGGGAGGUGAAGGAAUGGGGAGUGAGUUGGCAGGGGAACCGCCACAGGAGCAGUCAUGACACGGGGCACUUACUCAGGAAAGGUCCGGGACCGUCAGGCCUCAGAUACCGGAAAGAUGAGCCUGACAGGUGUAAAUCACUGUCAGUUUCUUACUGGAAUCCAUAUUGGAGACUGCCUGCUGAUGUAUGUGGAGUGAACUGCUUUGUGGAAUCUUCCUUUAGAGAGAGGUCAGGAUCAGAAGUCAAGAAACUAAAUGAUGAGACUAGUCACCUGGCUGUGGUGGCCUGUGGCCCCAGGCUGGAGGAGACUCUCAUCAUGGUCAAGUCUGCUGUUCUCUUCAGCAAAAAGCCUCUGCACAUUUACAUCUUUGCUGAGGACGAUCUUCAUGACAGCUUCAAAACAGCUCUGGACUCCUGGCCUGCCACAGUUAGGACAAAAUUCAAGUUUAAAAUACAUGCCAUUACCUAUCCUGAGGAGAAUGCCAGUGAGUGGAAGAAACUCUUCAAACCCUGUGCUUCACAGAGGCUCUUUCUGCCACUCAUCCUAAAAGAAGUGGAUUCUUUGCUCUAUGUGGACACUGAUAUCCUUUUCCUGCGGCCAGUAGAGGACAUUUGGGCUCUGCUUUCACAGUUCACUCCAGACCAGCUGGCUGCCAUGGCCCCAGAGCACGAGGAGCCACGCAUUGGAUGGUACAAUCGAUUUGCCCGCCACCCUUAUUACGGCAUAACGGGCAUCAAUUCAGGGGUGAUGCUCAUGAACAUGACUCGCCUCAGGGAGAAAUUCUUUAAGAAUGACAUGACAACAGCCGUACUAAAGUGGGAGGAAAUUCUGAUGCCUCUUCUCCAGAAGUACAAACUCAACAUCACCUGGGGGGACCAGGACCUCCUUAACAUCAUCUUUCACCAUAAUCCAGAGAGCCUGUAUGUGUUUCCCUGUCAGUGGAACUAUCGCCCAGACCACUGCAUGUAUGGCAGCAACUGUCAUCAGGCUGAGGAGGAAGGUGUCUUCAUUCUCCAUGGAAACCGGGGAGUGUACCAUAAUGACAAGCAGCCAGCAUUUCGGGCUGUCUACGAAGCCAUCCAGAAGUACAAUUUUGGUGAAGACCUGGAGACCGCGCUGCUGGAUUCUCUAGAAGCCUCUCUGCAGACCACCACAGACACCUACUGUGGAAGAAGCAGCCACCUUUUUACCAAGAGAUUAAAACAGAGUGCCAUUUCUGUUCAGUAGGACGCUGCACUGAGGUUUUUUUUAAUGAAUCUGUGGAUGAUAAAACACUCCUGUGGAAAUUAUCUUUUAGUUAUCAUGGUGGUAAACAUCUGUCCAUCAUACUAGUAGAAAAAUUCUCCACAACUAAGAAAGUUUGCUUUAUUCCAGACAAUCGGUGGUAGUAUUUAUUACUCGUUAUAUACUGUGAUUCAUUACAUUUGUAGACGAGACAUUAUGACACAAAGAUGAAACACUUAAAACCUGGUGUUUUUAUAUGUAAAAAAGUGUUUCUUGGGUUUUUUUGACCCCAAGAUUUUUAUAUAAUUUUAUGUUGUUUGGUUGUCUGUGCUUUACAUCACAGAGGGAGGUUGAUAUUUUCUGGUACUACUCGGGAUGCCCUUCAUUUUUUAAAUGCUGUUAUGAUGAUGAUUAAUGAUGUUUAUUACCUCCAACUCUGAGUACAUAUAAUGAUCAGUAUUUAUUAAAUAUUAAUGUCUGGUACUGGAAGCACUUUGAUGUUUGACAUUGUAUUGUAUUGUUGGUACCAGUGAUCUGCUUUAAUAUUGGGACUGACCUGAGUGCAUACAGCAUUCUGACCACAGCUCCUCAGAUUUUACACCUACAGUAACACAACACAGUAGCGGAUGUGCACACAGUCACAUUUUUCUUAUUCUCUGCUCUUGUCUGAACUUGUGUGCCAUUUGGAUUCCGGUCUUGUGAUAUUUCUGUGACAUUUUCAUUUUAUCUGUUCCUGUGAAACACUGUCAGAUGUUUGUCUCAUCUUACACUCAGGGGUUUAUUGAAUUUCAGCACAAAUAAAAUGUGACUCUACAUUAAA